UUUCUUUCUUUUUAUUGCCUCUGGAGAAGCAAUGAGAACCAAAAGUGACUUUUAAAUGUUCACGGAUUGUAUUCAAGAGUGAAUAUCUCCUUAGCGGACUGUACAAGAUGGGUGGAUUUGAAACGCUACGGGAGUUCAGUCUUUUUAGAUGCUUGAGGGAAGGGAGGCAGUCCAGGAAGCUAAUUCUUCUGAUCGUUUUCAUUGCUUUGCUUCUGGAUAACAUGCUACUCACCGUAGUCGUGCCCAUAAUUCCAAGCUACAUUUAUACUACGGAACACAAAGCCCCCCCUGUAAGGAACCAGACUGCUUCUCCUCUGACCCCAGGAGCCCCAAGUAACUUUCACACUAUCUUCUCCUACUAUGACAACUCCACAAGGUUGACUGAGAAUGGCUCUGAAGUAACCACACAAAGGCCAGGGGCUUAUACAUACCCCACAACUGAAAGCCUAGGUGGCAACACCACAAAGCCAGAGUCUGACUGCCCCAAAAAAGACAAGGAUCUUCUCAAUGAAAAUGUGCAAGUUGGUUUGCUUUUUGCCUCCAAAGCCACAGUGCAGCUGAUGACUAAUCCCUUCAUUGGACCACUUACAAACAGAAUAGGAUAUCAGAUUCCAAUGUUUGCUGGGUUCUGCAUCAUGUUCAUUUCCACUAUCAUGUUUGCUUUCUCAAAGAGCUACACCUUGCUGUUUUUGGCAAGAUCUCUACAAGGAAUUGGAUCUUCUUGUUCUUCUGUUGCUGGAAUGGGGAUGCUUGCUAGUGUCUACACUGAUGAUGAAGAGCGAGGCAAUGCCAUGGGGAUUGCACUAGGAGGUUUGGCCAUGGGAGUGCUAGUUGGCCCUCCAUUUGGCAGUGUGAUGUAUGAGUUUGUGGGGAAGACUGCACCUUUCCUGAUCUUAGCUGUACUGACUUUGCUAGAUGGAGCUCUCCAGCUUUUUGUUCUCCAGCCCUCCAAAGCAGAGCCAGAAAGUCAGAAGGGGACCCCGCUACUGAAACUCUUGAAGGAUCCCUACAUUCUGAUUGCUGCAGGGUCCAUCUGUUUUGCAAAUAUGGCCAUUGCUAUGCUGGAGCCUGCGUUACCAAUUUGGAUGAUGGAGACGAUGUGCUCAAGGAAGUGGCAGCUAGGCGUCGCUUUCCUACCAGCUAGCAUCUCCUAUCUUAUUGGAACCAACAUCUUUGGUAUACUUGCGCACAAAAUGGGCAGAUGGCUGUGUUCUCUCAUUGGAAUGCUACUUGUGGGGAUAAGUAUCUUAUGUGUACCGUUUGCCAAAAACAUUUAUGGAUUGAUUGUACCUAAUUUUGGAGUUGGUUUUGCAAUUGGGAUGGUUGAUUCUUCCAUGAUGCCAAUAAUGGGUUACCUCGUUGACCUCCGCCAUGUUUCUGUCUAUGGGAGUGUGUACGCAAUAGCAGAUGUGGCCUUCUGCAUGGGAUUUGCUUUAGGUCCCUCAGCGGGAGGUGCCAUUGCUAAAAGUAUCGGAUUUCCUUGGCUGAUGACCAUCAUAGGCAUUGUGGACAUUCUCUUUGCACCCCUCUGCUUCUUUCUGAGGAGUCCGCCAGCCAAAGAGGAGAAGAUGGCUAUUCUGAUGGAUCACAACUGUCCUGUGAAAACCCGAAUGUACACGACCCAGGACAGCAUGCAGCACUACCAGAUGGGUGAAGAGGAAGAGUCAGAAAGUGAUGAGUAACAACAGAUGCCAGACAUGUAUGUGACCCUUGAGAAUAUCUAUUUUGUUUUAUAAGAAAAGCAAUGUUUCCAUGUAAUCAUCCUGUUAAGAAAGUAUGUUUUAAAUGUACCAUUAUUGCAUCACUGAAGCAAACCAAAGCUGUUCUUGUUGCCCCAUCAUCACAACCCGGUUUUUAAAACAAUCUAACUGGCCUUUAGCCCCACCUAAAUGGAAACAAAGAUCAGUGGAGGUUAUACUUUCUGCAAGCAAAGUUUGUAAUUUGUUGAGAGUUUUAAAUACAAAAAUAUCAGGCUUGUGUUGAAUACUAUACAUGUUAUUUAGAAAUGUAUAAUAAUAAUUAUAUAAUUAUAAACAAAAGUUUCUGCUAUGAGUGGUGUGUCUUUGGGCUUAAAAUCCAGUGCUGCAUGCUCACAUUUACAACUAAUAUUUAGGUACUGAUCCUUUCCUAUUUAAAUAAACUACAAAGUGGGUUUGUCUAGAUUUGCUGCAUUUCAGCACCCUGUGGUUUAAAUAUCAGCCUUCUGCACAGAUGCCCGCUUCAGGCCUUGUAUGAUUGUAAGAGAUCAAACUACCAGAUAUUUCCAUUUGUGCCUGCUCCUGGCAAGCACAUAUUAAAUGUAGGUCAUGGCUGUCUCUUUGAAAAAGGCUAAGCUUCAUACAUGUAAAUAUACAAAGAUUAUAUAAAGAUAAAUUAACGAGUCACAGUGGAGUAAAAGGGGCUUUAAAAGUAUCUUGUCCUCUUGACUUGACUCAUGGAUGUAUGUUUCAGGCAUUUAUAGAAUAUGCUUCUUUCAAAUGACUUCUAUGAAGAAGAUUAGCAUAAGCGCAAUAUUACACCCUUGUAAAAUUGUUGCUGCUUAUUUUCACCACAGAGAAUCGGAGAUAAAUUGUUCAGAAAUGUUUUUUUUUGCAAAUAUUUGAAUAUGUUGAGUUUUGUUGUAGUGACAAAAAAUGAUAUAAAUGGUAAGUAGCUUUUGCUAAUAUAAAGCCAGAUAUAUCUGUUUGAAAAGGAAGAUUACUUUUUCAAACAGAUCGAUAGAAAAAUAUUCUACACAAUAGCUAGUAUAAAACCCAUAAAGUCUCUUAAUAUAGUUACAACAAGAAAACAACAACAGCUGAGAGAAGAAAAAAAAUGUACUGAAGAAUGAGAUGCAAUCUUUGAGCUUGUAUUACUCGAGUAAGAAAAUUAGAUAUGCAUGUGUAUUGCUUGUUUAAGUGAGUACAUGCUCAUUUAAUAAGGGAUUAGUGUAAUAUCUUUCAAUUUAAUUACAAUUUUAAAAUUCUGUCCUUAAGUGUCCUUUGUGACAAGAUCUGAUUUUAAAAUGGCCAUUAACAAGGCGUUUAUGGUCAUCUUGGAUUGCAUACAAAAAAGAGGGAGUUUACUGUAAUAUCUUUGGGCAGAGUAUUAAACAGGUGAAAGUGUUGUGUAGGGAUACCCUGCAAUUGGCUAGCACACUACACAGAGGAAGGACUAUCAUUUCUUUUAAUGCUACAUACACAAUUGUCAUAAGCUCUAACACUAAACUAAACAUAGACUCAAAGAGUAUUGUAACCUUGAAUAACUUCACACAAAAAAAACUUUUACAUAGGCUCAGGGAAUGCACUCUACACAACUGUUAACUCUGUCGAACUUCAGUGAAACUAUGUUAAAAUGCUAAUGUAUUAUAUAUGAUUGAUUAAACCAGAAAUGGUAACAGUUCUGGUUACAUUUUUUAACACACCCUUCAGUAAUUAAUUUUCACAACUUGUUUGUUCAUGUUCUUUUAGUGCUUAGAAAUUCUGCAUUAUAAACCUAAGAAUACUCUUGUUAAAACUGUUAAAGAAAUACCCUCCUAUUUGGGGAAGUCAUAUUUGGCAUUAAUAAACUUAACCAUUUAAAGAACAUUUUAAAUAUGCUUUGCUGGCUGUAAACUAUGUUUGCUAAAUCAAAAUAUUCCUUUAAAAGCCGCCAGGGUUUACUGUUCAUCCAGUAAUUGAUUGCUGAUUUGUAAAACAUGAAAGACAAUAGCAGUUUUGUAGCAUUGAUGCAAGCAAAGCUGUUAAAAGUAUGCAAUUCUGUAACAUUCUGUAACAUUUAUAAUCAAGUUUUUUUUAAAUGAGAAACGUGGAAAUCUUUAUGAAAUACAGGAUCAACAAAAGAUGCCCGUUACAUUUAUUGUACAAAUCAGAAUGAUGAACGACCUGCCUAAUCCUUUCAACAAACAUAGGAAAGACAUUUUGUUUUUCAUAAAGCUGAUAUCUUUACCCAUUUAAAUUAAAAUACUCUUUUAUUACUAAAUGCAAAGAAUGUGGAUAUGACAACUGACAUUUUUAACCCAAGUUAGACACAUCACUAUCAGAACAGCUGUGAAUGGACAAUCUUUUUUGUUUGAGUGUGUGAACUUUUAUGUUACCUUUUUAGCAUUCAUUGCAACACGUCAUGUGUCUUAGCUCAAACUCAAGUUUGCCUUAUAUUGAAGUUUUAGUGUCAUCUACCCUUAGCUCUUACAGUCCACCUUCGCCUUAUCUCUGUAGUCAAAAUUACAGACCUGUGUAAGAACAUUUGCUUUGAUAGAACAUUUGAUAUUGAACAUUUGAUAGUAUUUAACAGCAUUCAAUGAAUUUGGCAAAUAUACAGAUACUGGUUUAACAAGGAGUGAUGCGAUUACUAUUUUAAAUAGAAGUCUUUGUUAGUUUAAGGAAGUAUUUCAGUUUGGGGUCAAUUAUAGACUUUGGAAAGACAGUUGACAACUCAGAAACAAGGAAAAAUACUCACACUUGCUCAUCAUAAACUGGCCACCAAAAACUGGAGUAUUUUUAGUCAGAAAUGAAGGAGCAGAUUCUUUAUUUACAGUAGAAGAGAAACUGCAUAAAGGUUCUGUAAAGUUCAGUUGUUCAAACAUACUGUACUAAAGGGUGUUUUUGAAACCAAGGUCUGAGUGCAGAAAAAAAUGACCAAACAAGCACGAUCAGUCAGAGGCACCAGUGACGAGCAGAGAUUAAUGUGGCCUAGCUGGAAUGAAAACCAGUAGACACAGGGGUCCCUAAGUGGACAGAGAACCACUGAUAUACUGUAGAACACAGUGGUCCAUGAGAAAAACGUCAAGAGCUCUGCUGUAUCAGGGAUUCUUGAGGGUGUUCUGGCUGUUACGACAGGAAUGUGUAAAGCAGCUCCAUUAAGCCUCAGUACUGAUACUCAUAGAACAAGAGUCCUGGGUGUCUGCAUGGAAAUAUCACACCUGUUUUCAUUCUUGACGACUUCUGUGUUUAGAUAGUUCAAAGUAAAAGUUCAGUGCCAACAGUCUUUCUCUUUGAUGUCUGUACUGUAUUCUUGUACUACCUUUCCUCUUCAGACAUGAUCUUGACCGGGCUCAGUUUAGACAUGAGAAAAUGACAGUACAAUAAGGCGUACAUUUUUUAAAGUUGUAAUACUACAUUUACACAGAACAAUGUGAGAUGUUUCACUGUGGCCGCAUAACUAUAUUAUUCUUGCCGAAGCUGUUAUGUUCUUAUUUGCACUAAACACAAUGGAUUUAAACAAAAAAACAUUACUUAGAGUGAUUAUAUCUUGUGGAAAGUGUUCAUAUAUAUAUUUUUAGUCAAUGAUUUUUUGUAUAUAAGAAAAAAUACAUAUAUAUGUGCCUUCUCUCAACUUGUCAGCCCAUGGUGUGUUUAGUGUAGUUGAAAAUAAAACUAACCUGUACAAACCACAUCAGUAAAGGUUUAAAAAAAUCAAACAGUGGCCUUGUUCUUCAGGUGUAAUUGUGUACUAAAUGUUUGUUCUUUAUAGGGCAACCCAAUAAAUGUUUUCCGAGUCA